GCUGUUCCUCUGUACAGACCCGGAUGCAGGUGUCUGUCCUGUCUGUGAGCAGUGAAGGAGCAGGGUUGCUGCUGGCUGCGUCUCUCAGAGGACUGUCCGGCUCAAUAUGCUGCUGUGGCUCCUUGCAGCGGCUCUUCUGGCUCCAGCGGCCGCCUUCUACCUCCCGGGUCUGGCGCCCGUCAGCUUCUGUGAACCCGGAAACGACAAAGUUCCGGACUGCAAGUCAACCAUUGAACUGUUUGUGAACAGGCUUGAUUCAGUGGAGUCUGUUUUGCCUUACGAAUAUACGGCGUUUGACUUCUGCUCAGAGAAAACAAUGGAACGUCCAUCAGAGAAUCUGGGUCAGGUUCUCUUUGGGGAGAGGAUUGAACCUUCACCAUACAAGUUUGAGUUCAAGAAACCUGUGGUGUGUGGGAAGGUGUGUAUGAGAACCUAUUCCACCAAUAACCCAUCAGACAAAGCCAAACUGGAUUUCCUCAAGAAAGGAAUGCUACUCAACUACCAGCAUCACUGGAUUGUGGAUAACAUGCCGGUCACCUGGUGCUAUGAUGUUGAAGAUGGACAGAAAUUCUGUAAUCCUGGUUUCCCUAUAGGCUGUUUUGUCACAGAAGCAGGCCGAUCUAAAGAUGCCUGUAUAGUCAAUUCAAACUUUAAUGAAAAGGAUGCUUUUUACAUCUUCAACCAUGUGGACAUUACCAUCUAUUACCACAUUGUUGAGCAUGAACAACUUGGAGCACGACUGGUAGCUGCCAAGAUUGAACCCAAAAGCUAUGAAAAUCCUAAUGAUGACAAGCCUGAUUGUUCUGGAGGGCCAAAAUUCCUCAAAAACAAGCACACAGGAGAGUUCAAGAUCACAUACACCUACUCUGUCAACUUUGCGGAGGACAAGAAAAUUCGCUGGGCAUCUAGAUGGGACUACAUCCUGGAGUCAAUGCCUCACACUAACAUCCAGUGGUUCAGCAUAAUGAACUCCUUGGUGAUUGUCUUGUUCCUGUCUGGAAUGGUCGCCAUGAUCAUGCUGAGGACUUUGCAUAAAGACAUCGCCAGAUACAAUCAGAUGGAUUCUGUGGAGGAUGCUCAGGAGGAGUUUGGGUGGAAGUUAGUCCACGGAGAUGUUUUCCGACCUCCCAAGAAGGGGAUGCUGCUGUCGGUUUUCCUCGGCUCUGGAACCCAGAUCUUCAUUAUGACCUUUGUCACCCUUUUCUUUGCCUGUCUUGGAUUCCUCUCUCCGGCAAAUCGUGGGGCUCUGAUGACAUGUGCUGUUGUUCUCUGGGUCCUUCUGGGAACUCCUGCUGGAUAUGUGGCUGCUCGGCUCUACAAAUCUUUUGGAGGAGAGAAGUGGAAGACCAAUGUUCUGCUGACCGCCUUUCUCUGUCCCGGGGUGGUGUUUGCAGAUUUCUUUGUGAUGAACCUGAUCCUGUGGGGUGAAGGUUCUUCAGCAGCCAUGCCCUUUGGAACCCUGGUAGCCAUAUUGGCUCUUUGGUUCUGUAUCUCAGUCCCCCUCACUUUUAUAGGAGCAUACUUUGGCUUCAAGAAGACUGGUAUCGAGUACCCUGUUCGCACCAAUCAGAUUCCUCGUCAAAUCCCAGAACAGUCAUUCUACACAAAGCCUUUUCCUGGUAUCAUCAUGGGAGGAAUCCUGCCUUUUGGAUGUAUAUUUAUUCAGCUGUUCUUCAUACUGAACUCCAUAUGGUCCCAUCAGAUGUACUACAUGUUUGGCUUCCUUUUCCUUGUCUUCAUCAUCCUGGUCAUCACAUGCUCUGAAGCCACCAUCCUGCUGUGUUACUUUCACUUAUGUGCUGAGGACUACCACUGGCAGUGGCGUUCCUUCCUGACUAGCGGUUUCACUGCCGUCUAUUUCCUGGUCUAUGCCAUUCAUUACUUUUUCUCUAAGCUGCAAAUCACUGGACUGGCCAGCAUCAUCCUGUACUAUGGAUACACCAUGAUCAUGGUGCUCAUAUUUUUCCUAUUUACUGGCACAAUUGGCUUCUUUGCCUGUUUCUGGUUUGUUACCAAGAUCUAUAGUGUGGUCAAAGUGGACUGAAAGACCCACACACACAAGUGACUGUACGUAUAUGACUGGACGACACUUUCUCCCAUCAGCCUUUGGAACAUCAACAUUGUCAGAGUGAACUGAACAUUACAACUUCUGUUUGACCUUCACAUCCUCAUUUCCUCAGAUUACUUUUGUCCUUUCUUUGUGUGCCUAAAAUAUUUGUGUGAGCAUGUAUACGUGGAGUUACAAUUUUUGUAAAUAGGGCUGUAUCUAUACUUGCAUAUAAUCUGAAUGAAAUGCAUCAUGACUGUACAUGUUUCUUCCUAGUAUCUGACAAGUAGACGGAUUGUUCGUACUAUGUCACCCUCAUACAGCACAGUGACCCACAGCUAGACUGUCCAGAGACUGCAUCACCUGUCAUUAGAUACAGUUUUGGUUUUUGAUCCCUACAAUUUGUGUUUACAGAGUGGCAGACAAAUAAAGCUGCAAGGGUCUACUUCUUAA